AUGUUGCAACUGCUCGGACGGGAUAUGCCUCUUUUGUUGUUACCCUCAUCUAGUCAAAAUAUACGUCUUUCCUCCCCCCUCCUUCUCUCCUCCUUCCUUCCUUCUUUCUCUCUCCCUCCUUCCCUUCCCUUCUUUCUCUCUCCCUCCUUCCUUCCCUUUCUUUCUCUCUCCCUCCUUCCCUUCCUUCUUUUCUCUCCCUCCUUCCUUCCCCUUCUUUCUUCUCUCCCUCCUUCCUUCCCUUCUUUCUCUCUCCUCCUCUCUCCUCCUUCCUUCUUCUCUCUCCUCCUUCCCUUUCCUUCUUUCUCUCUCUCCUUCCCUUCCUUCUUUCUCUCUCCCUUCUUUCUCUCUCCCUCCUUCCCUUCCCUUCUUUCUCUCUCCCUCCUUCCCUUCCCUUCUUUCUCUCUCCUUUCUUUCCCUUCUUUCUCUCUCCCUCCUUCCCUUCUUUCUCUCUCUCCUCCUUCCCUUCUUUCUCUCCCUCCUUCCCUUCUUUUCUCUCCCUCCUUCCUUCUUUUUCUCUCUCUCUCUCCUUCCCUUCUUUUUCUCUCUCUCUCUCCUUCCCUUCUUUUUCUCUCUCUCUCCCUUCUUCCUUCCCUUUUCUUUCUCUCCCUCUCCUUCCCUUCUUUUCUCCUCCUUCCUUCUCUCUCCUUCCUUCUUUUCUCUCUCUCUCCUUCCCUUCUUUUUUCCCUUCUCUCCUUCCUUCUCUUUUUUUCUUUUUCUCUCUCUCUCCUUCCCUUCUUCCUCUCUCUCUCUCUCCUUUCCUUACCCUCUCUCCUUUCAUUAAAAAAUUUCUUUAGAGAUCGAAAUCAACAUUUCCCAGCCCCCUCCUUCACACUCAUCUCUUGUCAAUUUUCUCUUUCUCUAUUACAGCACACACGCACACAGGCCGUUGUUCAUGAUCUAUCUAUCUAUCUCUCUACCUCUAUCUAUCUCUCUGUCUAUCUCUAUCUAUCUCUCUGUCUGUCUCUAUCUAUCUGUCUGUCACUAUCUAUCUAUCUAUCUGUCUACCUCUCUGUCACUAUCUAUCUAUCUACCUCUCUGUCACUAUCUAUCUAUCUAUCUGUCUACCUCUCUGUCACUAUCUAUCUAUCUACCUCUCUGUCACUAUCUAUCUAUCUAUCACUGUACAGAGAACCUAAAUUCCUGUUAUUUUCUGCCUGA